CCUGAUAAUAAAAACCCAAACCUCCAACUUGAUAUCCAACACACCACCGCACCGGUGAACGCUACUAGUUACAGGUGGAUGAUGUUGGCAUCAGAUUACGCACACACUUGAUCUACCUCAAUCAAAUGGAAGCAGGCUUGAUUCAAUCCGCUUGAUCCUCUGCACAUCACGCAAAUGUGGGUAUUUUUCUUCCCGAUUUUUGAAGCAGCAACAACAACGCUGCCAGCGAGCUCCCGUGUACAACCGGUGUUUCAGGUGUUCAUUCUAGGAGCGGUGACCUGCACUUACAGUGCAGUGUGUAUAAUGUUUAUUGUCUAUCAUCUAGUACGAGCGAUAAAACUCGCCUGUUGGGCAUCCAGUUUUCGUAGUGACUAUGAAUCGGUCCUUCGCCGCGGAUUAAAGCUGACGAUCUAGUUUAGGUGAUCAGAAAUCUCCUGGGCGUGCGCGCGAACGGAACGGAAAACUGAAACCAUGUGGAUCAUAUUGCUAUCGUCGUUGGCGGUCGUUUGUGUUGCGCUGGUGAUCUAUCGGAAGUUCGCCCGAACUUUGGAAGUGGCAAAACAGUAUGCGGGUCCUCCGGCGUUGCCGAUCCUGGGGAAUGGCUUGUGGUUUCUCAACAAACAGCCCGAUGAAUUUCUACCGAUCAUCCAACAUCUCACAAAUGUCUACGGUGACGUGGUGCGCUUUUGGCAAGGGCCUCAAUUCACGCUGUAUGUGGGAAAUCCAAGCAUGGUUGAGACCAUCAUGACCAACAAGCAUUUGACCGAUAAAUCCGGUGAGUACGACUACCUCUCCAACUGGCUUGGCGAUGGAUUGCUUCUGAGUAAACGCCAAAAGUGGCACGCCCGACGGAAGGCCAUCACACCGGCGUUCCACUUCAAGAUCCUCGAGCAGUUCGUGGACGUGUUCGACCGAAAUGCGACCGAACUGGUGGACGUCCUGGGGAAACAUGCCGACAGCGGCGAAACUUUCGACAUGUUUCCUUAUGUGCUGUUGUAUGCUCUGGAUGUGAUUUGUGAAAGCGCAAUGGGAACUUCAGUUAAUGCUCUGCGAAACUCGGACUCCGAGUAUGUCCGAGCAGUCAAGCAAGCAGCUAGCGUUUCAAUCAAACGCAUGUUUGAUAUAAUCCGACGAACACCUCUGUUCUACUUGACCCCAAGUUAUCAGAAGUUGAGGAAAGCUCUGAAAGUUCUGCACGGCUACACCGACAACGUGAUAGUAUCUCGGAGGAAUCAGCUCAUGAGUAAAACAGACGUUGAUGGUGAAGCGUUGGACGAGUUCGGAACCAAAAAGAAGGAUGCCUUUCUCGAUAUGCUGCUUCGAACUAACAUCAACGGUAAACCUCUGACCAACUUGGAAAUUCGCGAAGAAGUCGACACCUUCAUGUUCGAAGGGCAUGACACAACUACCUCGGCUGUGGUCUUCACGUUGUUCAACCUGGCCAAGAAUCCGGAAGUGCAGCAGAAAGUCUACGAUGAGAUAGUGUCAGUGAUGGGAAAAGAUCCUCAGGAACCGAUAAAGCUGUCCCAUUUGCAUGAUCUAACCUAUACGGAGAUGGCGAUCAAGGAAACGCUACGAAUGUAUCCUUCAGUACCUCUGAUCGGUCGCCGAUGCAUAGAAGAGAUCACCAUCGAUGGCAAGACCAUUCCGGCCGGAGCUAACAUCAUCGUCGGGAUCUACUUCAUGGGCCGGGAUCCCAAGUAUUUCGAUAAUCCUUCUCAGUUUAUUCCAGAACGGUUUGAAGGGGAAGUUUCGGUGGAGAAGUUCAACCCGUACAAGUACAUCCCGUUCAGUGCUGGUCCACGGAACUGUAUUGGCCAAAAAUUCGCUCUCAACGAGAUGAAAAGUGUGAUAUCGAAGCUUUUGCGCCACUACGAGUUCAUUCUACCGCCCGGCAGCGCCGACGAGCCCCUGCUAGCAUCUGAGUUGAUUCUGAAACCGCAUCACGGAGUCCCACUACAGAUUAGGCACCGCUCAGCGCCUGCCCUCCUCAAUGUACCGACGAACGCCGCGAUGUGGUUCCUGCUGGCGCUGUUGGUCGUCCCGUGCUUGGCGUGGACGAUCUACCGGAAGUUUGCCAGAACUUUGGAGGUUUCCGGCCAAUACUCGGGACCACCGGCGCUUCCGAUCCUGGGCAAUGGGCUGUGGUUCCUCAACAAGCAGCCCGAUGAAUUUCUACCGAUCAUUCAACAACUAACCGACAAAUACGGGGAUCUAUUUCGUUUUUGGCAAGGUCCUGAAUUCACAUUGUACGUGGCUAAACCAUCAAUGAUUGAGACCAUCCUAACCAACAAACACUUGACGGACAAAUCCGGUGAGUACGGCUAUCUCUCCAACUGGCUUGGAGAUGGCUUACUGCUCAGCAAACGAAACAAAUGGCACGCUCGAAGGAAAGCCAUCACUCCAGCUUUCCAUUUCAAAAUCCUCGAACAGUUUGUGGACGUGUUCGACCGAAAUGCGACCGAGCUGGUGGACAUCCUGGGGAAGUAUGCCGACAGCGGAAAGUCUUUCGACAUUUUCCCCUACGUCCUGCUGUAUGCUCUGGAUGUGAUCUGUGAAAGCGCAAUGGGAACAUCGGUGAACGCUCUCCGGAACGCCGACUCCGAAUACGUACGGGCAGUCAAGGAAGCAGCCAAUGUAUCGAUCCGAAGAAUGUUUGACUUCAUUCGGCGGACUCCUCUGUUCUAUCUGACUCCUAGCUACCAAAGACUGAGGAGAUCCUUGAAAAUCCUCCAUGGCUACACGGAUAACGUGAUAAGAUCUCGUCGGAUGCAGCUCAAAAACAAAACAGAUGAAGCGCGUACAGACUCCGAUGAAUUUGGAACCAAGCGAAAGGACGCCUUCCUUGACAUGCUACUGCAGACGAGCAUCAACGGAAAACCACUGACCGACCUGGAGAUCCGAGAAGAAGUAGAUACCUUUAUGUUCGAAGGUCACGACACAACUACCUCGGCGGUGGUCUUCACAUUGUUCAAUCUAGCCAAGCAUCCGGAAGUGCAGCAGAAGGUCUACGAUGAGAUAGUGUCGGUAAUUGGGAAGGACAUCAUAAAACCUAUUGAGCUUUCUGAUCUACAUGACCUGUCCUACCUGGAGAUGGCGAUCAAGGAAACUCUUCGGCUGUAUCCAUCGGUGCCGCUGAUCGGUCGGAGGUGUGUGGAGGAGAUCACCAUCGAAGGGAAGACAAUUCCGGCUGGAGCGAACAUCAUCGUCGGUGUGUUCUUUAUGGGACGGGAUCCAAACUAUUUCGACAAACCGCUGGAGUUCAUUCCGGAGCGGUUUGCAGGGGAGAAAUCGGUGGAAAAGUUCAACCCGUACAAAUACAUCCCGUUCAGUGCCGGUCCACGGAACUGUAUUGGCCAAAAAUUCGCUCUCAACGAGAUGAAAAGUGUGAUAUCGAAGCUUUUGCGCCACUACGAGUUCAUCCUGCCGGCCGGCAGUGCCACAGAGCCUUUGCUUGCAUCUGAGUUAAUUCUGAAGCCACAUCAUGGAGUCCCACUGCAGAUCAGGCACCGAGGCCACUAGCAUUACUCUUCCCACCAAAAGGCUACUUACAAAUGUGUAUAGUUGUAGUUAGAAUAUGAACCUUAAGUUAAAAAUGUGAUAAGAUGACACAAAUAUGUGACAGACCUUAAUAAAAGCGAAAAUGUUCAAUCCAAA